AUGAGAACCACCGUCUUGCCAUAUGAUGCCGCCCUGAUCAACAUACAUAAUCCGUCUUUCAUGAAUCUGUUAUUGUGUGCGGCAGAUGUUAUGGAGACUGCAACUCCUCGAAGAUUUAGGGGGGAAUGCAAAUUCUGUGAGAAGCCUGUUCACUGUGGAUAUGUUGCUUCAAAGUAUCUUCACGAAUGUAUUGAUUUGGGAGGAAUAUCAAGUAUAAAAUGCAUAAGAGCAAGGGUAACACAAGCCCUAACACCAAUGCAGAGCAACCCAACUGACAUUCCUAAUGGCUUCAUUCCAUUUUCCGCGACUUGGCAUUCAUAUGUGAUUAGUAAUCAAAAAAAUGAGAAUUCCAUGGUAAUGAGCUUCAUUGACAGAUUGAGAAUUUAUUUUAUAACAUGA